ACCAAUUUCGUGACAGCAAGAUCAUAAACCAUUAAUAAACAAUUAUAGUAGUGUGUGCGUAUAGCUCUGUGUGUGACAAGCAAACAACCUGCUUAGUACUUGCCAAUUGGGAGUGUAUAUUAAAUGUUAUUGUUGUUGCUUAAGCUCCAAUUGGAUUAUUUCGGAGCCUAUAACAACAUACAACUGCAAGUGUUGGUGGUACGUCGACAGCUCUAGUGACCACAUAACAAUCAUAUUGUUUAUUGCAUGAAGACAACAGGUGAUUUUUGUGAAACCGUAACGCUACGCAAUGACCUCUCGAUAUGAGCGCAUCAAAGCUGAUUGUGUGGCACGUAAUGUCCUUUGGGAGGAUCCAGACUUUGCCGCCGUACAAUCAUCGGUUUUCUACUAUCAAACACCGCCCUUUACAUUUCAAUGGCGACGCAUAGCGGAGAUCGCGGAGGCACAGCAGGCGUGUUUUGUGAAUGAAGGUGAAAAUUUUGACGUCAUUCCUGGCAAAAUGGGUGAUCGUUGGCUGGUAUCAUGCUUAGGCGUAUUGCAUUCGCUGCGCAAUCUCUUCUACCGCGUUGUGCCCGCAGAUCAGAGUCUAGAUAAAGCGCACGGUGUUUUUCGGUUUCGUUUAUGGUGGUGUGGUGAAUGGGUGGAGGUGCUCGUUGACGAUCGCCUGCCCACCAUAAAUGGGCGCUUAGCUUUCCUACAGCCACAAUCAUCACACUGCUACUGGGCAUCGCUACUGGAGAAGGCGAUUGCCAAAUUGCACGGUUCUUAUGAGGCACUCAAAUAUGGUACACGUUCAGAUGGACUAAGCGAUCUGCUUGGUGGCGUGGUAGAGUGCAUACCACUUAAGACAGGCACUAAUGCGACAGAUCUGUUGCGGCCACAACAAUUGAAAUCACAUCUGGAAACAACCUGCAUAGUGACGUGUAUCGUGGCAACAGGCGGUACAGCUAGUGGACAACAAAAAACUACUGCUGAGCGCUUGCCGAAUGGUGUGGCAUUCAAUGUCAACUACAGACUUUCUUCGCUGGAUAAGGUAGAAACACUGUUAGGCGAUGCGGUGCAGUUGGUGCGUUUGAAAGAUCCACUCGCUUGUAAUGGCUUGAACAACAAUGCUGUAUUCGAAGGCGAUUGGUCAGCGCUGUCGGCAACGUGGGAACGCGUUUCGGUGCAGGAGCGUGAUCGCCUCUUUGGACAACUGGACGUUGGUGAAUUCUGGAUGUCGUUUCUCGAAUUCACACAAACAUUCACCACACUUGAAUGUAUUUAUCUGGACGCGGACACAGCCAAAGACGAGAUAACACUACAGGAACGACCAAAGCGCUGGCAAAUGAAAAUGUUCCAAGGCCAAUGGAAGCGUGGUGUCACCGCCGGUGGUUGUCGCAAUCACGAAUCAUUUCACAUAAAUCCGCAACUUUUGCUGAACAUACAGGAGAAGCAGGAAGUUGUUGUUGCCUUAAACCAACACACCGCUGUGGAGCCCAAAGUCAUAGGCUUUACAAUGUACAAAUUGAGUGGCGUAACAAACGGCGGUAAGGGCAAAUUCAGCGAAUGCUUGCCAAAGGAUUUCUUCAAAACACAAGUGAGCUUCCUCAACUCCGACUACGGCAAUACGCGACACGUCAGCUAUCGUUGCCAACUGGAAGUGGGUCAGUAUGUGCUCAUGCCCACCACAUAUGAGCCUGGCGAGGAGACUAGCUUCACUGUACGUUUCUUGGGCACCGCAGCACUGCGUCUCUCAUUACUAGAAACACAAACAAUGAUGCUCCUCGAUCCAUUCCCAGCCUUGAAGAACGAGGUGGAGACAACAAAAAUCAAAAAUGUCUGUCAAUAUGAGCCAGUGUUCAUGCAGUUGGCCGAUGAGAACAAAACAAUCAACUGUUUUGAAUUGCACGAGCUGUUGGAAGCUUGUUUGCCCAACGAUUACAUCAAGGGUUGUGCCAAUAUCGAUAUAUGUCGUCAGGUGAUUGCAUUACAAGACAAAACCGGCACGGGGCGCAUCAAUUUCCUACAAUUCAAAACAUUCAUGGUCAAUUUGAAGUCAUGGCAGGGAGUUUUCAAGAUUUACACAAAAGAAAAGGCGGGUAUAUUGCGCGCCGAACGCUUGCGCGACGCACUCUACGAUGUCGGUUUCCAAUUGAGCACGGAGAUCAUGAAUUGUCUGAUGCAGCGUUACAUAAGGAAGGAUGGCACAUUGCGACUGAGUGACUUUGCAUCGGCUGUGCUGCAUUUAACGGCCGCUUUCGACUACUUCCAACGCAAAGAUCACAAUCAAGAUAAUGUUAUCGAAAUUGAAAUGUCCGAUUGGAUCAAAUGUGUGCUGAGAUGCUAACCGCAAUGUUGAAGUUUUGUUAUAAUUCGUACGAUUGCUGCAGUGGUAGUCAUUUUUAGGUUAUGUCUGACAUUCUGUUUAUUUUCUAUUAACUAUUUUGAGCUUAGUUCAAUUUAUAUGUGCAAUUCUGACGUACCUUAAAUCAAAAAGCAGAAAAUUAUAAUUACUAUUUAAUAUAUUGGAGUGUUUGCAUGCAAAUGCUCCGCAUACUGACGACAA